CGCCCUUCUUCGCACAAAGUGUGUGUGUGUGUAUUUGUAGGUCUCUCUCUAUAUAUACAUAGGAAAGCUGUGGCAGAACCCCACCCGACUGGUUUCUUUACCUGGAGACAUCUGGCCAACACAAUACCUGGCCUUACUGCAGGUAAAGGACAAACAGGCGCGCAAGAUGGCUUACCAGACGGAGGUGAUCAUUGAUUCCCAGCCGCAAGGCAUGGGCACCAGCUACACCUUCAGCCAACAGGGAGCCUGGAGUUCGGACUUGUGCGACUGCUGCUCCGAUAUGGGCGCCUGCCUCUGUGCCACGUUCGUGCCCUGCAUCUUUGCCUGCCGCGUGGCGGAGGAGGCAGGCGAGUGUUGCUGCCUUCCUUACCUGCCUGGCGCGCUUGUCGCCCUCCGGACCAGCGUGCGAGAGAGGAACCACAUUGAGGGCUCCAUCUGCUCCGACUGGGUGGUCAUGUCUUGUUGUCCACUCUGUGGACUUUGCCAGAUGUCGCGAGAGUUGGUCAACAAGGCUUGAGGCAGGAGAGGAAAGGCGGAAGAAAACUGUGCUUCGGGAGUAUUGGGAGAACCAGGACAGGAUUUGAACCCAGGACCCCAUGCCUGCAAAGAGGACCAGCUGGCUGCCCUUGAGGAAGAAACCUGGAAAGAGGCCCAGCUGUUUAGUGCCUCUGUUCAUCCCACCAUUCAAACAGCUCUAUCCUAAUAAAAAUAGAUAUACUUUCCCAAA